CGCUGUGACCCAGGCUCUGCUCUCUGCGAUGACUCUCUUGUCUUGGUAACAACAGUUGUUGUCAAACGUUGCUAAGGAAGUAAUUAAGCUACUCUUAAAUAAGCCACCCUGAAUCCAUAAAGUUAACCACAGGUGUAUGUCAGAUAGCAAUGAGAGAGCUCCAUACACCUGACCACAGCUGGUCUCAGACAUGACAAGAGGAUGACCGAGAAUGGAGAGGACAGCCCCCUCCAGCAGUCCUAUGAAACUCCUGCUAGAGGAGAUUCAGCUGUCAUUGACAACAGCAAGACCCUCAAGACCUCCUUAGGGGACGCCAAAGCUUGCAAAGAACACAAUGAUGCCCAUACACUCACUGCUAGAAAUGCAGAGGGGGAGAUCAGUCCAUACCAGCCUCGGCCACCCCCACAACCCAGGUUUUCCAGCAAAAGUGUCUCAGUGGAGGAAUCGGUGAGAACCAGGAGGUUGAAAAACAGCCAGGAGAGUCUGAGUGACCUGGUAGAGACUGGCUCCUCCACAGACUCGCUUAAAGAGGACCUAACAGCUUCCGCACAAGGAGGAUUUUUUUUCAGGGAGGCUGCCACCAUAAGGAAUGAACAGGAAUCCAAUGUGAGACCCCUCUCUGCUGUUGCGACAGGAUCCCCAGUCUUCCGAGACAGCGGUAGCAGUCUCUCUGAUUAUGAAGGGAGGCCCCGCAGCCAGCAUAGCGACCCCACAGACCUACGGGCUAGGUCCAGCAAGGUGCGCCUGUCCCCGGUGCAGCCCACGGGGAAGCUGCCUGCUCUGGAGAAGGGCUUUGCAUCAGCCACUUUAAAGGCAGCUAAUAGGAUUGACCGGGAUUGUUUGGAUUAUACUGCGUUGGCCAAAGAAAAACUCCGUGAUAGAUUCCACAGGAACCUGAGCGACAGCCGGCUUCUGGAGAGCAUGGGCUCUGAUAGUGUCUCUGUCAAUUCUAUUAGGUCAAACUACAGCGUGAUGAGCCCCAUCAGACCCCAGGAUGUGAGGAACAGAAGCUUUCUGGAGGGCAGCGUGCUGGGAAACGGUGCUCUGCUCGGGGCUGAGGAGCUGGACCGCUACUUCCCUGACAGGAAACUGGGCAUCUACAUAGCCACCUGGAACAUGCAGGGAGAAAAGGGUCUCCCAACCAACUUAGAUGAUCUCCUCCUUCCAACAGACUCUGAAUUUGCACAAGACUUUUAUAUAAUCGGGGUCCAGGAGGGCUGUCCUGACAGGAGGGAGUGGGAGACCCGUCUUCAGGAGACUCUGGGACCGUACUACGUCAUGCUGUACGCAGCAGCACAUGGUGUUUUGUAUCUCACUGUGUUUGUCAGAAGGGACCUCAUCUGGUUCUGCUCAGAGGUAGAGCACGCCACAGUCACAACCAGGAUCAUCUCUCAGAUCAAGACCAAAGGGGCUGUUGGAAUCGCCUUCACCUUUUUUGGCACUUCUUUCCUCUUCAUCACAUCCCAUUUUACCUCGGGAGAUGCCAAAGUUUAUGAAAGAGUACUCGACUACAACAAGAUCAUCGAGGCUUUAGCUCUACCAAAAGGCCUUCCAGACACUAACCCAUACCGCUCCACGUCAUCCGAUGUCACCACAAGAUUCGACCAGGUCUUCUGGUUUGGAGAUUUUAACUUCCGGCUGAGCAAAGCCCGGGCCGAUGUGGAGGCCAUCAUAAAGCGCACAGCAGGCGGAGAUAUGGGCCCUCUGCUGGAGCACGACCAGCUCUCCAAGGAAAUGAAGGAGGGUUCAAUCUUUAAAGGUUUCCAGGAGGCACCUAUACACUUCCUCCCCACAUACAAGUUUGACGUCGGCUGUGAUAUCUACGACACUACUUCUAAACAGAGAACGCCCUCAUACACAGACAGGAUUGUGUUCAGGAGCAGACAGGCUGAUGAUAUAAAAGCGUUAAAGUACACCUGCUGCUCCAGCAUCAGGACCUCCGACCAUCGGCCCGUCAUCAGCGUCUUCCAGGUCAAACUCAGACCAGGGAGAGACAAUAUUCCCCUCGGUGCGGGACAGUUUGACAGAGGCUUGUACUUGGAGGGCAUCAGGAGGAGGAUCACCAGAGAGCUGAAAAGGAGGGAGGCAAUGAAGAACGAAAGUAGCAGCACCAUCUGCACCAUCUCCUGAACCCAUCAAAAACUAAUUCUCCAGACCGGACCGGGCCGGAACGGAUCGAUCUGUGCCUGAAACUGGAAUCUAAAUCCAUGUGGGCAGAAAAGGACCAAAAGGAAACCAGAGUUGUCUUAACUACACAGAGUGCGUCCUCUGUUGAGUGUUAAUGGGAACAGUGUGUGUGUGUAUUCUUGAGGGCAGGGACCUUGAGGGCAGACACACACAGAGGUUUGCAGACACAUCAGCAGUCUGGCUCUUAUUUAUUCAGCCCCCUCUACUCAAACAUGACUGAGACAGAAUGGGGGCUACCAUUGUGGCAUAUUCUUCACUCCCAUGCUCCAGUGUGAGCUGAUCCAACCUUUAAAGGCUCUGUGUAACUGCAUUCAUUUUCAAAUCGUUUUUUUUUGUAGGCGUUUUAAAAUCGUGAACCAAAAAGCCAUUUGCUCCUGAAUGCUUCAUCAAUGAUUAAAUGCCAUGUGUGCGUUUUCCAUCAAAUACGAACACAAAAACGAACACACUCUGAUUUCAUUGGCACACAGAGGUGCAAUGUUGAAUGUAAUUAAGGCGCCUGCCAUUGGUCAAUUCUAACUUGAAUUAUUUUCUAAGCUAAAUGUUUUGUAGGAGAGUUAUGACUGAACAAGGGAGGUUAACAUUUUCAAGACUGACUAUGAACGCCGGUAAGGAGUUUGUUACAACUCGUUACUGUUGAGCUUCAGGGAGAUCAAAUGUAUUUGACAGCCUAUAUGUAACUUUCUUAAACCGGAACUCACAUCUAUAUAAUAGAUGAUUACACUUAUUUUUCUCGUAUUAGGCCAAGUGAUCCUUUGCUACAGACUGUAACUCAAUGCCUUACCUCUCAUUCCACUGCACUGUAACCUACUAAACCGUCCAUGUACUGUAUGUAACACAUUAAUGAACUCGCAUUCCCAGCAAGAAUAAAGUGCCUGUGGGUCUUGUUUUCAUAUCCUGAAGACUUCUUAACUUUAUCUGCAUAUGUUUACAUGUCACCCAUGAUGUAACAUCCUGUAAUAAACAUUUUAAAACUCU